AUGACUUAUGUAACACAUUAUUUUGGUAGACCGCUCGAAAAACUGAAUUUAUUCUUUGAGGGUGUUGAAGCUAAGGUUUCACAAGGUAUAAAAGAAUCAGAAGUUGGUUAUCAAGUGGCUUUCAGUAAACAAGAAUUAAGGAAAGUAACUAAAGAGUAUCAUGGACGAGAGGUGAAAAAAGGCUUAGAUCAUUUAUAUAAAAAAGUAGAAAAACACCUUAGUGAAGAAGAAAAUUUACUACAAGUGGUUUGGAGAGCUAUGCAAGAAGAAUUCAUUCAACAAUAUAAAUAUAUUGAGGACUUAAUUCAAAGGUGCUAUCCUGGUUCCAUGAUUUCAUUAGAAUUUUCCAUUGAAGAUCUAUUACAGUAUUUCUCAGAAAUUGCUAGAUCCCAUUAG